AUGUGGGAAGCCGUUGAAAGCAGGACUUUGAAUCCAUCAGAUCUACCGGCUUUGCAACAACUGGUGGAGAUGGAAUCUGGUUGUAUGCUGGGAACUGCCACAGCUUUGGCCAUCUUUGGGGCAUUGCAACCCAGUGAUGAGUACCUGAUGUUUUUCCAGGAUGUCCUUCAAGAUAUCUUUGACAUUUUGCCAUCUGCGGCGUUGUCAACCUUGAUCCGCUCGGACUUCCCCUUGUUUGGUGCUUUGGAUUGGUUAUCAGAGCAGGGCAUCUGGGGUGCAGCUGACUGCUGGGUGCACGGCCGGCAGUUUCAAGCCGUGCUGCAGCACCACCUGGGAACAUCCGGAACUCCACAGCUGCCGGCCAUGGCAGCGGUCGACUUUUUGACCAAACAAGCGGCCAAAGAAGGAUCUGGGCAGAUUGGCAGCUGCUUUACCGGACGGGCAGUCGCGUCCUUGUCGUUUCUCUUGACCCACAGUGAGCGACUUCUGAAAUUCUCAAGGCUGACAGAGGAAGCGCAGGGGCUUCUAAAGAAAGCCGAAACGCUUUUGAGGGAAGAGACGGAGAGGGGAAGCGCUGACGAUUCUGAGAAGGGAUCUAAGGGAUCAUUGCCACCAUUGCUGGAAAGAUUGUUGAGUCACGAAUGGAAGGUCCCGAAACUGCUGCAUGAGAUAAGUCGAAAGCUGAACCAAGUACACCAUCAGACAGAGACAGCAGAGACAGCAGAGACAGCAGAUGGGCAAGGCUGUUUGAUUCUGAUUUACACAUUUCCCACAGAUGAAAUCCGGCAAGAUACACGGGAAGCCCUUCGCAGCCUGGAGAAAUAUUUUGUGAGUCCCUUGGAGCUUCAUGAACGUCCCCGGAUGGUGGUCUUUGUUGACCAAGAAACUGCAGAUUUCUUGGAUUCCGAUGUUCGACCAUACACCACGUUGGAAGUGGUACCUGCCAUCAUUCCACAGGAAGAACUGACGCGAGAAAUGAAUUCCUACAGCUGUCAAGAUGGUGCAUAUUGUGUCUCAGGCGAAGAGUUGCCCGAGAAUUUCCAUCGAGGAAACGUGAAUCGAACACAGUUUUGGUCACCUGCCUAUCUGAGAAUCUCGAGAUAUACUGCUGGGCCACUGUUUCAACAUCCACAGUUGGAUUCUUGCAAUCAAUUCAUUAAGAUUGAUACGGACUUCUUCUUUACAGCACCUGUUGAAGACAAUCCUUUGAAGAAGAUGCGAGAUGAAGGAGUUCGCUUGACCUGGUGGCAGAUGCAUGUACAGGGUCAACGUCAAACAGGCUAUAUUGAAGCAGCAUUGGAUUUUCUGGAGGCUGAAGAGUUAGCCAUUCGAAAUUCUCGCUUCUACGCCCGUGGUCGCUUUGAACAGAAAGCCAAUGAAGCUGGGAUCCCCUUAUGGACUGUGCCAGCGGCGAACGAGGCAUCCACGGUGUUGUAUGGCUGCUUGUUCGGUGGUGACGUGCAAUUUUUUCGGGAGCCCUUGUACCAGUCUUUCUUCACUUUCAUGGACGAGAAGAAAGGAUUCGAGAACCAUGGCUGGAGUAAUCAGUUUUUCCUCGGCACUGCCGCUGCAGCGUUUCUACCUCGGUCGCAGUUGCAGCGGCUCUACAUCAGCGGACGGCAUCAGGAGUGCUUGGUCACAGUCGCUGAUGGAAACGUGACAGAAUUCCUGCGCGGUGCAGAGUAUGGCAUGGCUCGGCUCUCCGAGGGGUUUCAUGGAAGAGACUUGCCAGGCUUGCCCGGAUCCGGGGCCUUUGCCUAUACCUCGAGGACAGGGGUUUUGCGGAACCAUACCUGGGGGUACCUAGGGCCUGGGGCAGCCCACAACCAAGAACUGACAGACCCGCAAGGAUCCAGGGCCUUUCCGACAUUGAAGGCGCUCUUGAUUUGGGGCCGCGGCAUCGAUGUUCUAUGGCAAUUCUAUGGUAGACAGCAGGCUCGUCCCUUGCGCUUCCGCUUGACGCGGCUGCUUCGUGCAGGGGGAGCAGAUGAUGCUAAGCCUCGGUGGACUUUGCCAGAGGCGGAUUAUCACAAGUAUACCUAUCAGCCAUCCAUCCCAGACAAGCACUUCAACAUCGGCCAUUGGAAUUAUGCGCCAAUUACCAUGUGGCUUCGAGCCCGCCGUCCAGCGAUGGAACGCGUCAUUGGAGACGUCUAUAGCACACUGACGGCCACCGGAACUGCAGUUUGGUCGCCGAUUUCUGCCAAUCUGGAUGCCCAUCUUCCGGGUUUCGGCUACAAAGUGCUGGGCCUGAUAGGUGCCCUCAUCGGUUACAACCUUGCAGUCAUGUACGUGACUUCUCGCACAGAGGCCUGGAUGUUCCUGGAGAAGAUGCGUUUGUAUGCCAUGGGUGAUGAGUUGGUGAAGAAGGGAUUCUUCAUGUCGGAUGCGGAGGAAGUUCACACACGGCAGCACAAUUACGACCAUGAUGUGGAGAGGCUGAACCACUUGUGGGAAGAGGCACUGGCUGACGCCACAGAGGCCCGAUCUUUCGACAAGCUCUGUGAGCACUUGCAGGUGGAUCCUGAAAAGUUGCCAGUGAAGGAGAUCCCAAAGCCAAUUUCGUGGCGUUUCAGCAUGAUGCCGUAUGGUCGGGAUGACCCAGAUGCCAAGACUUUUAGCUUUGCGCCAGUGGACAGCCCAGCAGCCAGCAACUACUUCCUGUUGGAUGCCGGCAGCUCGGGCGACUACAUCGACCGCCAGGACAACAAGCCGAAUCCCAUCCGCAAGGGCCGUCACAUGUACACUGCUGCGUACAUGCCUCCUACGAAGUGA